AUGUCUACCAAAGCGGCCCUGAAGGCGGCAAAAACGGCCCUGGACAACAAACAAUAUGACCAGGCCAUCAAGCAGGCCGAUGCGGUCUUGUCCUCGGAUCCCACCAACUACUUUGCAAGGCUAUUCUUGGCACGAGCACUCGAACUGCAGAAGAAAUACGAUGAAGCUGCGAAGCAUUAUCGCUCCGCCGCCGAUGCCAAGCCUGACGACUCACAAGCAUGGCAAGGCCUCCUCAGCGUUUAUGAGGCCCAGGGUUCAGCACGACUAGACGAAUACCGCGAGGCCUCAGUCAAGGUGGCGCAGAUUUUUGCGGCCGCUGAUGACAAGCAUCGAGCGCAGUCAACGAUAGAUAAGCUUACCGAAUUCACGAAACUCCAUGGCACGGCAAAACAGAAGAAGGAGGUGCUCAAGGUUCUGCUUCCAGGCGGCCCAAUCUACGAUGCUCUCGAGGGUCGCAUUCCCCAUGCAUCGCAUACCCUCACAAGGCUUGUGGAGAUUGCCGAAUUGGAAGAGACACAACUCAUCUCCAAGGAAAUCAAUGAGAAACGAACGAGAAUUGGUGCCAGAGUGGGACAGGUCACCGUGGAGGUCAAGCGCGACGUGUACGGAAAAAGCGAACUCGAAAGUCUUUAUCAACAAAUCAUCGAUUGGUCUCAGGACGAUGAGAUUCGAAGGCAAUACGAAGAGAAGUUGCUCCAGAGGGCCUAUGACCACUUAGUCGUGCUUCCUCUUGACAGUAAGGCUGCAAAGCUCAAUCAGUGCCUCGAUCUCGCUGAAGGUAUGGUCAUCAUACACCACCAUUUUCGCCUCGCUUGGGACUUUGUCCUGGAAUCAAGAGAUGUAGACGACCUGAAGGAUCUGGAUGUGGGCAUCCUGAGAGAAUACCUGCGCUCAUUCCCGGAGACGGGUCUAUCAAAGAUCUUGCGCGGUUGGCUGACGAGCGAGCUGUCACCCUUCCCGGCCCUUCCCAAGGAGGAUGAAGAUGACGAUUUCGCGUUCGCGUUCGAGAUUAGCCCGGAGGACCGUCUCUUGUUAUUCACCGAAGGUUUACCUGCUGCGGAACAGUCGCCCUUCGCAUACCGUCUCGUGUCGGACUACUACCUGCAUCUUGACGAGCAUGAGAGUGCCGCAGACACGGCAAGAGCUGGCUUGAAAACGCUAGCCUCAGAGUCCAGCAAACUUGGUCUUACUCUGCAGAACACAAGGGACGCCAUCAGCGCUGUAUUGGGGACAGCUUUGGUCCAUCAUCAAGCACCCCGAAAUCACGCUGAAGCCCGACGUCUCUUUGAGGAUAUUUUGGCUCGGAAACCAAAAUUCACAUCAGCUUUGAUAGGGCUUGGGCUCAUUUUCGAGGAGACGGAAGACUACCAAGACGCCGUCGACUUCCUGACACGAGCACUGCACGAAGACAAAGGGAAUGUUCGUGUGGGUACAGAGCUUGCAUGGUGUAGGGCACUCAGCGGCGAUUACUCACGUGCACUAACCGAACUGGACGACUUUCUGCAAAUGAUACAAGCCGAUGAUCCAAGAGCGAAAGAUCUCAGAGCCCUCACUUUGUACCGCACAGGUAUAUGCUUGUGGGAGUUGGACGCUUCAAAGACAGCUCGAAGAGAUCGCAGUGGCGCGUACAGUCGCUUUCUGGCAGCGAUCAAGACGAACGUAAAUUUUGCACCUGCAUAUACAAGUCUUGGCUACUACUAUUCCGACUAUGCGAGGGACAAGAAGCGCGCCCGGCAAUGUUUUCAAAAAGCAUUCGAGCUCUCCUCCUCUGAAGUCGAAGCCGCUGAGCGUCUAGCCAAAUCCUUUGCAGAUCAAGGUGACUGGGACAUAGUAGAGAUCAUUGCCCAGCGUGUCGUGGAUUCUGGCCGGGCACGACCGCCUCCUGGCUCCAAGAAGAAAGGCCUCAGCUGGCCAUACUCUGCUCUUGGCGUGGUUCAGAUGAACAAACAAGAAUAUCAACGCGCAAUUGUAUCAUUUCUUGCAGCAUUGCGGAUCAGUCCCGAUGACUACCAGUCCUACGUUGGACUCGGCGAAAGUUACCACAAUUCGGGCCGCUACAACUCCGCGCUGCGCACUUUCAAUUACGCUCUGGAGCCUCAUGAUGGGAUCAAAAUGAAGGUCACUGGCGAGAAGUGGUUUGCUAAAUAUAUGCUGGCCAAUGUACAUCGAGAGCUGGGCGAUUAUGAUGAAGCUGAAUCAGGACUGCGAAGCGUGCUCGAAGAAAGACCAUCAGAAUUUGGAGUCCUCGUGUCGCUGUUGCAAAAUCAAGUAGAGCAUGCUGGACAGUGUGUGGAGGCUGGUCUUUUCGGACGGGCCAUCGAAUGUGCAGCCGAUGCUAUCGACGUUGCCAUCGAGAUUGCCAAAGACGUGCCCAAUGCUUUUAAUCUCUGGAAAGCUGUUGGAGAUGCUUGUGCUAUAUUCUCAUGGGUUCAGAGCGCCACGGAUGAUUUUCCGACGGAGACCAUUCGAGAUGGUCUCUUGGAUCGUUCUUCCGAUCAAAAGAUGUACGAGCUGCUUUCGGAAAUUGACAGGGUGUCACUAGGCGCUCUAGACAAGGACGGCUUGAAUGGCACUGCAGCUGCUGUGCCGUCGGAUCCGCUUAUUGUAUCGAUUCUUGCAUACAAGCGCGCGAUUCAUGCCAGCUCCCACGAUAUACACGCGCAAGCUGUCGCUUGGUACAAUCUAGGAUGGAUGGAACAGCGGGCGUACGCAUGUAGCGAUGCGAAGUCUGGCAAGAAGUAUCUUACCACAGCAGUCAGAUGUUUCAAGCGAGCCAUCGAGCUUGAGUCGGGCAAUGCAGAGCUCUGGAAUGCCCUCGGCGUGGUGACGACGACACUGAAUCCAAAAGUGGCACAACACUCCUUCGUCAGAUCGCUGCAUCUGAACGAGCUCAAUGCCAAGGUAUGGGCAAAUCUUGGUGUUCUUUACCUUCUUCAGAACGACAUCGAGCUGGCGCAUCAGUCGUUUGGAAGGGCUCAAAGCACAGAUCCGGACUAUGCUCACGCGUGGGUCGGAGAGGGCAUUAUUGCUCUUAUGACUGGAGACGUGCGAGAAGCCCUCAAUCAUUUCACACACGCUUUUGAGAUCUCAGACUCUGCCUCGCUCAUCACUAAGCGACAGUACACAAUAUCCAGCUUUGAUCAUUUGCUCUCGACGAAAGCCACAUCAAAUGACCUCACGAGACUGAUCCAGCCAAUUUUCGCACUCGAACAACUGGGAACUCAGCGGCCCAAGGAUCUGCCAUAUCGCCACCUGGCAGCUCUUUUCCUCGAGCGGGUAGGUGACCAUGUUGGCGCCAUCGAAAGUCUCGUCAAAUUAUGCGAGAGCGCAGAAGCAGAAUAUGAAGCCUCUGAGUCACUCGCCUCGCUAGCACGAUUCGCUCUCUCAAAGUCAGAUCUUGCAAGGAAUCAACUGGCUGCAUCGCAAUUCUCCGACGCAGCAGAAAAUGCGGCCCUCGCUCUUGACCUCUCCUCCGAUGCCGAUAGUAGCGGCUUAGCUGCAGAUGCCAGACGAAAGCUUCGACUCUCUUGCCAUCUCACCGCCGGACUUGCGCAGUACUAUUUGCGCGAAAUCAGCGAGAGCGUCAGCAUGUUCAAAGCUGCACUCAUCGAAAGCGAGAACGACCCUGAUGUGGUAUGCUCGCUAGUGCAGGUACUGUGGGCACAAGGUGGACAGGCGGAGAAGGAUGUUGCGAGAGAGCAAUUAUUCGAGGCAGUGGGCAACUUUCCCGAGCACAUCGGGGCUGUAACACUGCUUGGUGCCAUUGCAGCUCUGGACGAUGACACUGAUACGACGAGCGCGGUGAAGGAUGAUCUGCUCAGUUUAAAGACGAAGGAUGCGAUAACAACCAAGGACUUCACUGACCUCGAACUUCUGCUCUCUGCUCUUGCAUCCUUGUCAACCGGUGGCUCAGUCGAGAGCGAAGCGCAAUCAGCUAUCCUUCUGAAGCCCGACGAUCCACAGGCUUGGUCUCAGCUUUCUGAACUGUCCGGCGAGACCGAGGCCGCCGAUAUGGCUUUGAUUACCGCGGCUCAAGCUGUCCCUCCGCUUGGAGAAAUGUCAUCAGAAGAUUUGAGUCGAGCUUUUGCGGGAGUUGGAACAGUUGGUGACGCACAAAGAGCAAUAUUUUUGGCGCCCUGGCAGGACGCCGGUUGGUCAUCAAUGAGCGAGAUUUUGAGCUGAGAGAAGGCAAUGGGACCAUCCCAAAUUGCCAAUUGACGGAUCUUAGCUAUGGCGACCGCCGCUGUGCGUGCUGGCAUGUAACAGCGCCAGCCCGCCCUCCGAAUACUCGUUAUGUAAAGAGGGCAGUGGCAAGUAGUUCCAGCGCCUUCAUCCAGCAUUUUUGAUACGAGGGCAAUAUGCCACUGACUUGUUGAUGCUCCAUCCCUUACGAAUGUCUCCAAAUACACGCACAGCCGCUCCAAAACCUCGACUCCAGCGUCUCGGCGCCUUAGAGAGAGCCGCGUUGAGAGAGUCUUCGGAAAUUUGAGCAUCUCGCGAGUCGGAGAAGACCACCACCGCCUUUCAGGCAUCGGGCAUAGAAUCUCGAGUCGGUUACUGAUGCUAUACAAAGCACUCGAGAGCCGACGGCGAAACGCCCGAUGAUCGCCCCAGACAAUUUCCGCGGAAUGAAAAGCCGUGCACAAUGUGAGCCUGGAGAAGUCCACCUCGUCUUAUUCUAACUCCAGCCUUGGGAUGACGGGGCCAAAACACCCGGGAACAAAACACGGCAAGCACAGAACACAAGCAGACAACGGAGCGUUGGAGGAGAUAAUAAUACACAUGGGGUGAGGGUAUCAUAGGUUAUACAAGUUGAUCAUUCACCACUCCAAAUCACUCCUCUUCAUCCC